GCGGCGUCGUCGACAAGAACACGGGCGCCGAGGGCGUCAACCUCGAGCGGUGCGUGACCGCCCUGACGGCGCUCUCCGAGGUGGAGUGGGACACGAUGCUCGACGACCUCGCCGAGAUGGGCUUCGACGACCGCGCGCUCAACAAAAAGAUGCUCGUCAUGUCGGACGGCUCGAUCAACAAGACCGUCAAGCAGCUCGUGAACACCAAGGAGACCAAGGAGGCCGCCAAGCAGCCAAUGGAGCUCGACUGAAGCUCUCCGAACGGGCGCUGAGCGGGACACCCGCCGUCCGCCCGCCGCCCCCGCGCCGCCCGCGCGCAAGGCCCCUCGGGCCGUGCGGUUGGUGUGGGGGGUACGGCGGGCGGGCGACGCGUCCGUCCGUCAUAGAUGGUUGGGAUGAGGGUCGGGGGAAGGCGGAGCUAGCCUCGCGUCUUGAGUGCCGGACCGGCGCGCGGUUCGUCGAGCCCUGGGAGGUGUGUGUGCGCGAGACCAGUUCCCGGAUCCCGCGGCGCGCCGGUUGGUCUUUUGCGUGUGUCGCUGUCGGCCGGUGCGGACGGUGUAGCGGACCCAGUCGGGCGGGGGGGGAGCGUUCCAGCGAGAGUCGUGCGGUGAGCGCGAGAGACUGAGAGUCUCACGUCUCGCGCGCUCGCGCGCGCACUCUGCAUUCGUGUUGUCCCCGUUUUAUCUGAGCAAGUUUCUG